AUGGGAGCUAGCAGAGCUACAUUGGGCUUCUUAGGCCUGUUUUUCAUGGCCAGUGCCAUCCUGCUCAUCUUCCUCACAUUGCUGGGUGGUGCUCGUAACUCAACCCCGCUGAACGAAAUCUACUUCCUCCAGGUGGAUUCAAGCAACAUCUCAGGUGCUCCAGCCCUCUCGCGCUGGACAUUCUGGAACCUAUGCAGUGUGAAUUCCAAUGGCAGGAGUGUCUGUGGUAGCUCGCACCCCGACUUCCCAUUCGACCCACCACGGGCCAAUAACUUCAACACCACCGACAAUAUCCCUCAUCAAUUCAUCGGAACCAAGCACUACUACUUGACUUCCCGAUUCAUGUUCCCGUUCAUCAUCAUUGGACUCUUCUUCGCCGUCGUCUCGCUCUUCAGUGGAUUCCUGGCUAUGUGCACUCGCAUUGGCAGCUAUAUUUCGGGUUUCUUUGCAUGGCUUGCUCUGACCUUCCAAGUGAUCACGACCUGUCUGAUGACUGCCGUCUUCGUUCAGGGCCGCAAUGCCUUCCAAAGCAAUGGCCAGACCUCCAGGCUGGGUGUCAAAGCUUUCGCCUUCAUGUGGACCGCCAGCGUAUGCCUGUUCUUUUCCUGUCUGUGCUACUGUCUCGGUGGUGCAGUUGGUCGUAAAGAUAGUGGUAAGGGCUACAGCGGACGUAAGGAGCGCCGUCGCGGUUUCUUCUCCUCGGCCCGGUCCAACAGUGUCCAUAGCCAGAAGCGAGAGGAGGAGGGUCCCACCACCUACGAAUAA